AUGCAACCGCCUCGUGCAGUGAUGAGCCAAGCUCGAGCCAUCGCUCCGUCAGCUCACCCAGAAGUACAACUGCGACAAGUAGAUCUGGAGAAAGUGCUACGAUCGUUUCCCACCACAUGCCAUCAACUGCAGAAAAAAGAAGUGCGGACACUCGAACGAUCUUCGCAUCAAGAAGAAGUUGAAGAAUACUAUCUCAUAUAUAUUUCGGAUGUCAUGUCCUUAGGUGAUAUUAAAUGCAUUGAGAGCAACCAGAAUCCGGCAUCCGAUUGCGAAGACAACAACGACACGAGCUGUGCACAUGAGAAGUCGGAUGGAUCAUCGUGA